GUGAUGCUCGUUUUCAAGCUAUUAAUAGUGACCUUGAAGAAACACAAGGAUUAAUGCAACAAAAUAUUCAAGAUAUGACAAGAAAUAUUGCUACUGCUGAAGAACUUGAAGGACAAACUGGAGAUAUGGUUGGUCAUGCUAAUGAUUUUAGAAAAGCAUCUACUGAUUUAAAGAGAACAAUGUGGUGGAAAAAUAUGAAAUUAUGGCUCAUAAUUGGAGGUGUUGUUGCUGUUAUUGUUAUUGUGACCAUCAUUAUUAUUAUUAUCAUUGCUAAGUCAGGUUCUAAUUAA